AUGGCCCGCCUGCAAUCGAAGGUAGCAAUCGUAACUGGUUCGUCCAGCGGCAUCGGCCGCGCUAUUGCGCUACAAUUCCACCGCGAGGGCGCUGUUGUCGUAUGCGCAGACCUGCGGGAACGAUCAGUCGAUGAAGUGUCUGGGGAGGCGGAGGUAACGACAGCCGAUCUGAUCACAAAGGAAGGGGGCACAGCCGAGUUUGUCAAGGUCGACGUCACCAAAGCAGAAGAUGUAGAGAGUCUAAUAAUUGUAUUAACAAUUUUGGGAUGUAGUAUGGUGAAUAACGCGGGGGUGGCGCUGGAAUCAAGCAAUCCUCAGAAUAUCUGGAAUUUUUCUCAAGAUAUUUGGGAAAAAGAUUUCGCCAUCAACUCAACCGGUGUCUUUCUUGGAUGUAAAUACGCAUCUGCACAAAUGAUCAAGCAGGAGCCGCUGCCCUGUGGCGAUCGUGGUUGGAUUCUCAAUACGGCGAGUGUAUUUGGUUUAGUGGGAUCGGGUAUGAUUGUGGGUUAUGUUGCAUCAAAACAUGCAGUCAUGGGCAUUACAAGGGCUGCAGCAGUGGAUUGUGCACCUCAUCGGAUACAUGUGAAUGCCAUUUGUCCGGGUUGUAAGCUGCUUAUCUCUUUUGCCACAUUAUUGACACUUCCAACAGAUACAGAGACCACGUUCAUCUCAUCAAUUCAAGGUCGAGCCCAGGCCGAGGUUAAAGCUAGCAUUGAAAAGCAGCAUCCAUUUAGGGGCUUGGGAAAGCCUGAGGAUAUUGCCAAAGCGGCUGUGUUUCUAACCUCGGAAGAGAAUAGUUGGAUUACAGGUAUUGGGCUGCCGGUAGACGGGGGUUUCACUUCCAUGUGA